AUGGAAAGCCUAAAUCCCAGCCAACAGCCAUUCCCUUCUUCCACUACAACCUCAAGGAGCCAAACGGGUCCUCAGGAACAAUCUCCUACCCGUCCAAGGCUCAAUUUAAAAUCCGACUCGCAGCCGCAUGCUUCCCCAGAAAUCCUAGCUCCAACACCGCGCCGACACCUACUCGAAAGCUCGGAGAGUCAGCACUGGUUGCGGACUCCUCCAUUAUCCCCGUCAUCAUCGAGAGGUGUUUCCCCCGUGUCCUUGUUCAGUUCUGCAUCACUGGAACGGCGUGUCCGGACUACAUCGUACUAUUCAACCAGACCAUCUAGCGCUAGUUUGAGGUCCUUAUUUGACUCCGAUAAGGCCAAAGAGUUGACUGGCAACGGGAGGAAGCAUGAGGCAUCCGAGAAGCAGGACGUCGAGAUGAGCAUGGGCCGCAUGUGGGUGAGGUGGAUGCACAAGCGUAACAUGAAAGAAUGGGUCGCGCCGGCCCUCGUGGCAGUCAGCACGCUGCUCAAGUGGUGCAUUGGCUUGGGGUCGUACUCCGGGGAGGCUACACCCCCGAUGUUCGGCGACUAUGAAGCCCAGCGGCAUUGGAUGGAACUCACCGUCCAUCUCCAUACCAGCCAGUGGUACACAUAUGACCUUGAGUACUGGGGCCUUGAUUACCCUCCGCUCACGGCGUAUGUCUCUUGGAUAUGUGGCAAAAUUGGAUAUUGGAUCAACCCUGCGUGGGUGGCUCUCGACGCCUCUCGUGGUAUUGAAACGUCCGAGAGCAAAGUUUUCAUGCGAGCAACUGUGUUGGCUUGGGAUCUACUGAUAUAUGUCCCCGCCCUGCUCAUGUUUGUGAAGACAUGGCAAGCUAGUCGCUCAAAUCGUACCCAAAACCUAUCGUUUUUAACUCUCCUUUUUCAACCCGCGCUCCUUCUCAUCGAUUUCGGUCACUUUCAAUAUAACUCUGUCAUGUUAGGACUUACUAUCCUUGCGCUCAAUUUCUUUGCGCAAGGUCAAGACGUACUUGGUGCCGUCUGCUUCGUUUUGAGUCUGGGCUUCAAGCAGAUGUCAUUGUAUUAUGCACCAGCAAUAGGCUCGUAUUUGCUUAGUAAAUGCAUAUAUCUCGGCCCCAGAGCAGGAUGGCGUUUAUUUGUGCGGCUUGCGAUCGUGACCACAGCCUCAUUUGUGUUACUUUUCCUGCCCUUCCUCCCGCCUUUUGCGCGUUUCGAGGCAAUCUUACAACCAAUCAAACGGAUAUUUCCGUUUGCUCGUGGUCUUUUCGAAGACAAAGUUGCCAAUUUCUGGUGCGCAUCCAACGUGGUUUUCAAAUGGAAGAGAUGGGCCAGUACAGCCGUCCUUGUCAAACUUUCAACGGUGUUCACACUUCUGGCAUUCCUGCCUGGUGUGUUCAUUCUCAUCCGGACCGCCAUCAAAACAUCGGUCAGUGCAACAGACCCCGCCAAUGACACCAGUAGUUCAGUUAGCUCGACACAUUCGCCGACGCUACCUUUACUCCCCUACGCACUCCUGACAUCGGCCAUGUCGUUCUUCCUGUUCUCUUUCCAAGUCCACGAGAAAACUAUCCUUCUACCCCUUCUUCCCCUCACCCUACUCCUAUGCGGCGCACCCGCGGGCUCCGCCAUGUUUGGGUGGGGAGUGCUGGUGAACAACAUCGCUGUGUUUAGUAUGUGGCCAUUGCUGAAGCGCGACGGUCUUGGACUUCAGUAUAUAAUAACCGUGCUACUAUGGAACAAACUAAUUGGAUAUGAUCCUCGAAGACUACCCUCGAAAUCAUUUGUACAGCUACUGUCAUUCGCUGUUUACGGGGCGGCUGGUUUGCUUCAUCUUGCUGAGUUCAUCUUCCCAGCACCUUCACGAUACCCCGACAUCUUUUCCGUCCUCAAUGUACUCAUAAGCACCCCCGUGUUUAUCCUCGCUUGGCUUUGGAGCAUCAAGAAUGGGAUUGAAGUAGGAUGGGCGUUGGGCGGAUUAGGUCAAGUGCGGAAGGUUACUUCUACAGCUCCAGCUCCAGCCCCCACCGGUGCCUCUUUGACCGAAGCAACAGUGAGACGAGGGGUUACCAGGGCUGCAAGCCUGGGAUUCUCGAGCGGUAGGAGACGAGCACCGACGGCUAGUUCUGCGAGUAGUUCCGGUAGACCUAGGACUGCUACGAACAUGGGCACAUGA